AUGGGUCUGAAGAGAAGGAUAUCUGAACUUGAAACAGCGGAUGCUGCUAAUAUACCGGAAGCUUUACCCAAGUCGGUCGCAUUUCAGCUGAGUUCAAUCGAUGUCAAAAAGCUGGAUUUUGACAAAGAGAAGAUCUGCUCCGUAACUCUCUCCCCUCUGAACGUGUACUGCUGUCUGAUAUGUGGUAGAUACCUUCAAGGUCGAGGGGAAAACAGUGUUGCAUUUCUCCAUUCCAUUCACAAAGACCAUCAUGUCUUUGCAAAUUUACAAACCUCGCGAAUUUACCUCUUGCCCGAGAACGCCGAAGUCGCAGACGCGCCGAUUUUGCGACGAAUACAAUUUGCCAUUUCACCUUCUUAUACCAAAGCAGAACUGGAUAGCUACCCCAAACGAUGCUUGGAUGCCAUGAAAAACUCAUACUUGAAUGGGUUUGUGGGGUUGAUAGAGCCUAAAAAUACGUCUCACUUUGCUGCCAUAGUACAACUCUUGGCGCAUAUAUCACCAUUAAAGGACUCUUUAGCUUUGAAGGCUUAUAAUGAGGACUGCUCCGACGAAGUCGUGAAACGUUUUGCCAUACUAGUCAAAAAAAUUUGGUCGCCACAUUUGUUCCGUGCCCACGUAUCGCCUCAUGAAUUUCUCAACCAACUUUCCGUUGCUUACAAGCCAUCAAGUUCGGAUCCAAAAAACUUUCUGCUGUGGAUGCUCAAUCGUCUGAACUCUUCAGAUCCCGCGCUGAGGAAACUUCUAACCAGGAAUUUACGAGGAGAGAUUUCAAGAAAAACAACCAUCAUACGUGAAGAAAGCAAGGAGGGCUCAGAGCGAAGCACGACAUUUGUGCGCGAUGAAGAUAGCACAUCGACGCAGAAAAUAAGAUAUUUGUGCCUAACUUUGAACUUGCCGCCGAUGCCGCUGUUUGCGGACGGUUUCGAUACCAAUAGCAUACCACAAAUUGAUAUUGAAAGCUUACUCGGCAAAUUUAUGGGGACGGGAGAAACUCACACCAAAGAGGGCAUUCAAUCGUAUUCCUUUUUGACGCUCCCCAAGUUUCUUCUUUUGCAUGUUGACAGAUUCAAGCGGAAUGACGAUCUACCCGUGAAAAACAGAAAUCAAACUCUUGUCAAAUUUCCUGACACUUUGAGACUUGAAAACAAGCAAUUCAAGCUGGUUGCCAACGUGCUACAUAGCGCUGUCCGGGGGAAGUACGUUGAAAACGAAGAGGUAGAUGAUGUCAGUGAGUGGAAAAUUCAAGUUUUAGAUUCAAAACGUCAAGAGUGGUAUGAGAUUGAGGGCAAAAAGGUUACCGCCAAACAGAAAGAGCUGCUUUUUUUAGGUGAAAGCUAUCUACAAGUUUGGGAAGCGCUGGAAUGA